GGCGUGUUACAAAUGAUGGUUACCUCAGUGGAGAUGACCCUAUAAGCAGAGACACAGAUAGUGGGCCACACCAGCACGCUGGGGCUAAUCGAGGCUCUGGCGAUAUGACUAUAAGGAACCAGACACUGUCAGGCAUUAGGAGUGAGGAUCGUGUUGAUUAUGAAGAGAUUCGAGGAUUGCCUGAUAACGUUGUUUCAGCAAAGACAGGCUCUGACAUCAUUGAGCGGCUCAUGGAGAAAAGACAAAGGGAUCACACAGAAUCUGUCGCUCAGCUUCAGGCAGACCUUUCUGUGCUCAGUGUGGGAUAUGAGCCAUUGUUCAAACAAACUGGAGAAGAUAUCCUUCUCAGACUGUCAGAGUGUGAUGACAAGCUAGAGAAACUUUUGCAGAAGGUAGAAAUCGUUGCUGAUUUAGAAGCCUUCAGCUAUCAGGAUCUGCAUGAGUUUUGGAGCAAUGUUAGUCAUGAGUCUGCUAUGAGGAGAAAGUUAAUACAGGAGCUGGAUGAGACAUUCAUCAAAUUUGAGGCAGAAAGAGCAUUAAUGAUUUCAGCAUUGCUAAAGAAAUAUGCGGCAAAACUUGAAAAAAUCAGUUAUGUCAUGCCCUCUGACGUCCAUCGUCUGAUUGAUAAUGAAGCUAUGAUGAUCAACCAAGCAUUAUUGGCAAAUAGGCGAGCUAUAGCCAAACUGCAUUUGAACCUGAUGGAAAAGGAUCUGCAGAAAGAGGCUCUUCACCGUCAGAAGUGGGAGACCAAGCUUCAGGACUGGAAGAGAAUCAAAGUUCUGGCUGCAGUCAGAUGGUUUAAAAACUUCAUAAACAGCCCUGCAAUUCAGAGCCCUAAAAAUGUACAAGACACUCUGAACACCAUGUGGAAAACGCAAGAAAUGUACAGUGAGCAACGUAUCAAAAUCCUUGAGCAAAUCAGAACUAUGAUCCCUCCAAGAUGCUCUAAGGCAUUAGUUGCUGAAUGGUACUCCUCUUUGUCUUUAGUCAAUGAGAAAAUUGACUGCAUGCACAUUGACACAAUGACGAAACUGCGUAAAUAUUAUGAAAACACCUGGCAAGAAUGUUUGGCAGAAACUGAACGCUUCAAGAAUGAAGUAUCUACAUAUGGAUUCACUUCAGAUGAGGCACAGGACAUCAUUAAUGCUGAUCUGCUACCUGUAAUUGGCAAGUGCCAGAAACAAGCAGAGGGACAUUUGGCAGCAAUGGAUAAAGCUUUUGAGAAUCUGGCCAAGACUGCCGCCCGUUUGAGUAAGUCCUUGUUCAAAUUAAUGCGUGGUGCAGCUCACCUGUGGGAGGUGCACGGUGCAGGCCUGCAGAUAAGAGAGCAGCAGCUGCAGGAUCAGCUUGAGGAAGUUCGCUAUUACUAUGACCAGGAAAACCAGAAAAAAGAGGCUCAGCUGGACGUGUUGAUGGACAAACUCAGACAGGAAAGUACAGAGGAAGCCCUGAAAGCUGCAUUAGAGAAAACUCUUGCUUUCUUGGAGGAAGUUAAGGAUGGACAUGUCACUUUCUAUAAAGAGGAAGUUGAAACAGUGGAGAGUUUCCCUGCAAUGGUCCUAGAAGAAUUACAGUCUUACAGCUCAGCACUCAGUCGAUACUUCAGUGUGAAAGAAGUGUGCAACCAGGAUCUCAAGGAGCUUCAAACACUUUAUCCUUCUCUUAAAUUUGAUGCCAGCAUAAAGAGGAAAAGAACAGUAGCAAGUCCGAGGAGGAAACACCAACCAGAUGUUUCCCAGAAGGCAAAUCCACAUUGCUCCAUUGACUCAGUCUUCACAGAGGAAUUUCAUGACCCUCAAAACAAUGAAACUUUCACAACUGCAAAGGGCCAUGUGUUUAACUGCUACGGCUUUGUAAGGCCAUGUGAGGGUGAGGUGGAUGUGAACCUUGAGGAAGUGGAGCGAGUGUUGUACCCAAGAAGUCUCCUGAUUGAAUUACAAAAAACCAUUAGAGAAGAGUUCUUUAAUCAUCUUGAGGAGAGGUUUUAUGCAGUACUGAAUAACACAGUGACAAUCGUCCAAGCCAAGAAGGAGGAGCUGAAGGCUCAGUUAGAUCUCCGCCUCCAUCUUCACCAACCUCGAGCCAAGAGAGUUGAGGUGGAGAUUCAUGAUGUCCGAGCAGCUGAACUGAUCUCACAUCGAGAUCAUGUGGAUAGACAUUGCAAAGGUAUCCAACAGGCCUUAGCUGAUUUCCAAACCGACUUCAACGAGCUGCAGGUCAGACAACACAAAUUAACUGAAAACUUUCGCUCUCAAAUCUACAACAUGGAGGACACUUUUAAAAUUGCUACCAAAUCUGACAAGCUGGUAAAACUUUGUGCUUCACUACAAACCAGCUUGGUUGAACACAUGAAUGUCAUUCAGGAAUCACAGAGACACUUCAGACAAAACAUAGAGCUCAAAUUUGAGGGCCUUAGAGAGGCUAAUGCACAAUUAAUGAAAUCUUUCAAGCUGUUUUCUGAAGGAGGAACUUUCACACCCAAAGAGAUUGAAGUAUACCAAAAGCGCCUAGAGAAGAUAGCCAAGCGAAUUGACUCAGCUGAUGAGGCUCUUACGCUGCAGAUGGAGGGCACAGAGUCCAGAUGCCUAGAAAAGGCAAAAGAUGUAAUCAACAAGUUUGAAGAGAAGUUCCACUUUCUAACAGUGGAUCUAAUGUUUCUUGAGAAAAUCCAAGGAGUGCUGACAAAUACACAGGUCCAGAUUAAAGCUGAGGUAAUGAAAAGCAACAUGCAGAAAAAGGUGAUCACUACUAUGAUGAGUGAAUUGGAAGAAAUGAUCCAUGCUUGUGCCCAAGCCAGUCCAGAAAAGAGGGUUAUAACUUCAGAAGACAUCUCCAGUUUAUCAGCUUCUCUGAUAGAAGAACUACGAAAGAGAUGUCAGUAUCUUGACUGCUUUUUGGACCCUUCUAUGGCUGUUCCACUACCUGAUGCCCCUUUGCAGGGGGCAUUUGCAGUGGCUGCUCGUCCCCGCUCCCGUAAACAGGAGAAGGUACUAAACCCAGCUGGGGACUCCCUCCUUCAGCCCAGCCGCAUGGGAGUUGCCUUUAUGAAUGAUGCAGCUGUAGGAGUGAUAAAAGGACUGCUUAGGAUAAGCAACCCUCAGGCUAAUCAUGAGGUCAGUGCAGAUGUUACAGACCGAAGCUCAGCGGCAGUAACAGGUCAGAGGUCAGGGAGGAGUCAAAGCCAGUCAGGCCUGGAGACCCUGUGCAGGAAAUCAGCUGAGUCUGUCAGCUCACAGAGUUUAAGAAGAUUCUCCAAACCUACUCGGUUUGAUAAAAGGUUCCAGGUGUUUGGCUCUAAACCUGAAGAUCAGAAGGGCAACCUCACUUUUAAAGGCUUUCUUGGCAACAUUCUGUGGCAAGCCAAUGAUAUUCUUCUCCAGGUGGCUGAGGACUACUACAAGAAGAAGGAGCGUCGUCCUGUCAGCCGCCCUCAGUACAUCCAGGAGUCCUUUGAGCCGUGUGCUGAAGAGCUAAACAAGAGGCUUCUUGUCUACCAGAGUCAGUCUUAUGAGUACCACAGCUGCUGUGUGCAAGAGUUCCAGCAGCAGUUGAAGGCUAUUGAAGAGUGUAUCUGUGACAUGCCUGAAGUGCUUCUCACAAAACUGAGGGAUCAGCAUUUGGAGGAUCUGAGCCGGAAUGUGAUGCUGAUCCGUCAGCAAUUUGAACAGUUUCAGCAACAGAGUGAACAAAAGAAGAAAGAACACAGCAAUCAGCUGCGUGUUCGUCUGAGCCACCCUGCGUGUGAAGAGGAGCUGAGCAGGCUGGUUAUGGUUGAGCAGGACAGGCAGGAGGAACAGAGGAAGGCUACUCAGAACAGCAGACUGGAACUCCAGGCCUGUAUUAGGAAGAACGCAGACGAGUUUGUGACCGCACUUGCAACUUUGACAGAGAACAUUCUCUUCCGAUUGGACAACAUGCUGACUGCUGACGAGGUCCAAGGACGAUUUGUCGAACCAAAGCAGGAAACUAUCACAAAGCUUGCUCGUCGAAAACACGCAGGUACACUACAGGAGGAGGACAAAAACAGACCUUUAUUGGAAAGAGGGAGCAGAACGUGGCCUGGAAUUCACUAUUUUGGAACCACUGAUGACUCACUUGUUAACCAGAAACAGCACACGACCACCACUAUAACUACAGCUAAAACCACAAUGGGGCAUCUCAAAGCUAUAGAGGUUCGAAAUGUGUUGCAUCAGAGCUAUGAGGAGAGGGUGAUGGAAGAGCUGAAGAGAGUUGAGAAGUCUAGCCGUGAGCAGGAGGCUGAGCUGCUGCGUUGGCAGGAGCACUGGAGAGUCCAGCUGAAGACUUUAUCUACGCUCAAGUCAGAGUGACUGCAAGCCGUUAAUGGACAUGAAAUUUCUGGAAUGCUCCUGAUGCAUCAAAUACCCUAAAAAAGUGCUCUGUAAAAAUAUUGAUUAGAUCUUUUUUUUUCUUUUCAAAGUCAUAUAUUCCUACUGCAUAAAAUACACUUUUAUUUAUCAAUCAGGCAUCAUGGAUUAGAUAGUGCUGGAUCUUCUUCUUGUUACUAAUGUACUGAGAGCAAAGGGACACAAUUUUAGACUGCAUUUUUAAAAGUGGGACAAAUUAAACCUAUACAACAACCAUUCUGUGGUAAACAUUGAGCUACUCUAUUUCUUGUAGUGUAUCACUGCCAAUCAGGACAAAUCUGUCAAAUUUCCUUUACCAUAAUAGUGGUAAUAAAUUUGAAAAGAAGCACAAAACACUGACUCAAGUAAAAAAUAAGU